GGUAACAUCGUUCGCGCUGUAAUUUCACAACAACACGCUCCGCUGAUUGUUGGAGCUACAAUUGUCCAGCCCCAGCAGCUCGCACACGACUCGAAUUGAACUAAAUACAAAUUAAAAUAAUUACGGAGAGUAUGCCAGCCAGAAGGAGGACUGCGGCGGCGGCAGCGUCGAGCAGCAAAGAUGGGGAGAGUCCGCAGAGUCCGCAAUCCGAUGAUCCCGCAUACAAAAUGAAAAGAAAAAAGAACAAUGAGGCAGUGCAGCGCACACGCGAGAAGUUAAAGAAGUCGGCCGAGGAGCGCAAGCUGCGCAUCGAUAAGUUGAAACGGGAGAACGAACAGCUCAAGACGAAGAUCAAGUCGGGAAAGAAGCACAUUGCCACGCUGCGGGAACUGAUCAUACAGGGCGAGAAGACCGAGGAUCAUCAUCGCAUCAUACAGGAGAUUUUGGGUGCCCCGGACUCUGCCGAUGACGACGGGGAUGACGACGAUGAUUCCAGCAGUUAGAUCGUAGCGUAGCAACAUGACCAACGAGCAAUUGCUUUUAAUUUACUUUAUACUAUUCACCUACUUCUAAGCAUUAUCUGUGUAUGUGUGUACUAACCGUCGUAGACGUCCAGCUUUUCCAUGUGCAGGCUGAAGACUUCGUCCAUUUUCGUUAUCGCGAUUUAGUCGCCAAAUAAAUCCCCGUAAAAUGUA